AUGUCGGCCAAGGAUCAGAUGGAACCUUUCGCUUUGGCUGAGAACUCCCUCGCCCUGCCUCAGGUCUCUCGAACCGUGGCUGAGCCUUCUGCUUUGAACGAUCGUUCUGGCCCGGUCCAAUCUGCCUUGGUCCAAUCUGCCAUGAUUGACCACUCCGCAUUGAUUCACCAACCCGACCCCGCCAAAGGACCCGUUGUUGGAACCGUGGAAGGAUUUGAUGUCCCCCUUCUCCCCACUCUCCCUCCUCCCACCCAGGCUGACAAUCUUCCCCCCUACGUCUGGACUCUCAUCCCGAACAUCCGCAAGCUGUCCAAGAAAUGGGACCAGGAUUUGUGGCUCUGCCGCGUUAAGGGCACCCUCCACACCCUCGGCAUCAAGGAUGUCAUCUCCAAGUACCUUGACCGCCCCGAUGAGUCCCACCCCAGCUACCAAAACUGGAAGAGAUGGUCCCAGCGCGUCGACAGAUGGCUCUUCACCAACGUUGGAGAGAAGAUUCGGUUCCGCCUGCAGCAAAUCAGCCCCCCUCUUGAGUUCGCCGAUGUGACCAUGGAGCACAUCCUCCGCCUUGAGCCUAACGAGGAUGACCGCAUGUCGGUCGAAGUCUUCAACAUGUGGAAGAUGCGCCGCGAUGACUACGACAGCGCCGCUGAGUACGUCGAGGCCUGGAGUGACCAGGUUCAGCACUGCCGCCGUCUGGAUAUUGGCAUUGGGUACUAUGUGGCAACCAAGGUCAUGUUGGAUGAGCUCGAUGAGGAGUACCCGGUCAUAACGACCUUUGUGAACCGCGAGAUUCGGGAGCAGGACCAGACCGCGCAUGUUAUGGACUGGGUCAACUUUUCUACCAUUGUGAAUGGUAUUAUGGGCUGUAUCCUGGCUAAGGAGAACCCCUGCCGCACUCCGUUGGAGUGA